AAGAGGCAAGAACCCUAGAUCCCCAAUCCCGCCCCGCCCGCGUUUGACCCCUCUCCCUGCUCCCUGCCCUCUGACUUCUCUCUUUGCAGCCGCCUCCGCUCCAAAUCCGCCCCGCUUCCUCUCCAUCUCCGCGUCACAGAUCUCGAGCAGCCAGGAUGGGAGAAGCCAAGGACAACGAGGUGUACGAGGAUGAUCUCGUCGACUACGAGGAGGAGGUGGAGAACGUCGUGGACGACGCAGCCGCCAACGCCUCGGUUGACGUAGCCAAGAAGGGGUACGUGGGAAUCCAUAGCUCAGGGUUCAGGGACUUCCUGCUCAAGCCAGAGCUGCUCCGCGCCAUCCAGGACUGCGGGUUUGAGCAUCCUUCCGAAGUGCAACAUGAAUGCAUCCCUCAAGCCAUUCUCGGAAUGGAUGUCAUCUGCCAAGCAAAAUCUGGAAUGGGAAAGACUGCUGUUUUUGUCCUCUCAACUCUCCAGCAGAUUGAUCCCGUUGCUGGUCAAGUAGCUGCACUCGUUUUGUGCCAUACAAGGGAAUUGGCUUACCAGAUUUGCAAUGAAUUCGAGAGGUUUAGCAAGUACCUGCCAGAAACUAAAGUUGCUGUCUUCUAUGGUGGGGUUAACAUAAAAAACCACAAGGAUUUAUUGAAGAAUGAAUGCCCUCAUAUCGUGGUUGGCACACCUGGAAGGAUCCUGGCUCUGGCUAGAGACAAGGACCUUCCGUUGAAGAAUGUGAGGCAUUUCAUUCUUGAUGAAUGUGACAAGAUGCUUGAUUCACUUGACAUGCGUAGAGAUGUCCAGGAGAUCUUCAAAAUGACACCCCACGAGAAGCAAGUGAUGAUGUUUUCAGCAACACUCAGCAAGGAGAGUCGCCCGGUUUGCAAGAAAUUCAUGCAAGAUCCCAUGGAAAUUUAUGUCGAUGACGAGGCUAAACUGACACUUCAUGGACUAGUUCAGCACUACAUAAAACUAAGUGAGGCGGAGAAGAAUCGGAAGUUGAAUGAUCUCUUAGAUGCACUCGACUUCAACCAAAUUGUGAUAUUUGUUAAAAGUGUGAGUAGAGCUUCAGAACUUAACAGGCUUCUCUGUGAAUGCAAUUUUCCUGCGAUCUGCAUACAUUCUGGAAUGACACAGGAGGAGAGGUUGACCCGGUAUAAGAACUUCAAGGAAGGACACAAGAGGAUUCUUGUGGCUACAGAUUUAGUUGGCAGGGGAAUAGAUAUUGAGCGUGUCAAUAUUGUCAUAAACUAUGACAUGCCUGAUUCUGCUGAUACAUACUUGCACAGGGUUGGAAGGGCUGGACGUUUUGGUACCAAGGGGCUUGCAAUAACAUUUGUUUCUUCUGCCUCUGACUCUGAUGUUCUCAAUCAGGUGCAAGAAAGGUUUGAGGUUGACAUAAAGGAGCUGCCUGAGCAGAUUGACACUUCGACAUACAUGCCAUCAUGAAGACUGAACUGCGCUGCUUGAACUGGAAACUAGGAGGGUUUGCUUCUCUGAUAGAGAACCCUGGCAUUUCUAUCUGUUUACCAUGUAAGAGAUGAUCCAGUUGUACUUGCGAUUAGAUGCUCUGAAUGUUUUCUACAGUACUUGGACUUAUUUGUAACCAAGGAAGAUUGUCUUGCCACUUUAAUUAUGUUAGAUUUUGGAGAACUAA